AUGGAUGUCGACGAUCUCUUUGGGGACUCGGAACAGGUCGCCCUGCCGCCGAUGAAUAUGACAGCCGCCCCGCCCGUGAAAGGCCUUGCAAAGAGACUGGAUGAGUUAGCUACCAGCGGAUGCUGCUCGAGGAUAGCAUGGUCCAAGAAUGGCUGCCUCGCCUACAUCACCCCAGACGGCCUCGGCGUAAAUCUAAGAGUUUUCGCCCGGGUCAGCUCAACAGAGACAUGGGACCUAGGUACAGACGUUCAGCUCGAUAUUCCGCAUCACAACGAAGAGUUUCCUCUGGUGCACCUGUCCUGGAGUCAUCUCGGCAAUGAUCUCGCUGUGGUGAAUGCGGCCGGCCAUGUGUUGAUUUUCUCUUGUGCUAUGGUUCUGGACCGGAUGAACUUCACGAGGACAGAGCUGGCUCAGUCAGAUAACGAGAUCGAUGCUGUAGUGGGUAUGCAUUGGCUUGCGAUUUACCCUUAUGAGCAGAAGAACCACAUCGCAUGGUCGGCAAGUAAGAGUGGUGAGAAGUGGAGUUUCAACAUCACCUCGCAAAUGUUUCGAGACAUGCACCACGCUGUCGAUCAAAAGGCAUGCUUGGUGUAUCUGAUGAGAAAGGAGGCAGUAUGGAACAUUCCUCCACCGGCCGCUGGUCAGGCGCCUCCAAAGGUGUACGAAAAGCCAGAACUUCAGGUAACCGAACUCGCGACCGAGGAUGAAUGCCACCCUGCCAUGAUCGACAGCAGCGGUCUUCCAGGCGGCUCAGAAUCCAAGGUUCCAGUCUCGGCCCAAUUAACGCAUCUCGAUUUCCUCCCCAUCACCCCUGAAGACGGUGACGGAUCCGUACCUACCGUCCAAGCUAUCUUUGUAACUCCGCCAAACAUGAUCACAGUUGAUCCGACACAUCCACAACCAAGCCCUUCCAGCAUAGUCGCGAAAUGGGAGGUGCAUCAUUCCGAGCAGAAUCAGUUGCACGCCAGUCUUGACAAGGUGACGUCGAAGAAGAAGAGCGUGAAUUCGGUGCCUGCGCGCACGGUCUGGCACUUGAGGAGACAAGCGGACACCAUGACGCAGAUGAACCAAGUCAUCCUCUCGUGCGUUCCGCUGUGGUAUAGCAUGAUCCUCGCUUUCUGCUACAGUGAUGGUACCAUCGAACUCAAGAGGCGUAAGACGCAAGAAACCAUCACGCCGGACUACAAUACCGAGGAGGUCACAUCAAUGGCCCAGGCCGGGUUCACGUUCCCCACGCUAGACUCCCCACUCAACGUCGCUUUAUCCCCAAAUCAUUGCAUUGCUGCCUCUCUGCAACACGAUGGCAAGAUCAACUUACAUCCUACGCAAUACAACUUUGGCUCACUCGCAGUCAACGACAAAGACCAGGACCAGUCCGCCUCCGCCGCACUAGCCGCCCUCGUCCUCCAGCACACCACCGCAGCAAACCAAUACUUCUGCAGCGACGACAUAUUCUCCGUCAUGGGGCAGCUCAGCGAAGACCGCAAGCGCGACUUCAUCCUUUUCAUGUUCCAGGCGCUCAACGUAAAAGUCGACUGCGGCAUCGUCGACGACGGCACAAACCAGAAUCACCUAAUCCUCCUCGGUCGCUCGCCCUUCUUCGUAAAGACCCUCUCCGCGCUGCACCUCCUUGGUCUCAAAGACAGCGUGGAUCGGUCGUUGACAAGCAAAUUGGCAUGGAUGGUACUCAACAUAAAAUACGUCACGCAGAUACUGACGACAAUCGCCCGCAUGCACGGCAACAUCGACAAAGCCGCCGUCCGCCCCGAGGUCGUCCCCCAAUUCAUCGGCAUCUGCCGCUGGAUCAUGCAUUUCAUGGUCUACCUAAUCGACGAGCUCCUCCAAAUAGGCCACGAAUUCCAGUCCACGCCCGCCUCCCUCCUCACGCCCGCCAUCCUCCAGGAAAAACUCGCCUCCAUGAAUAAACCAGCGCUGUUGAUCCUUCUGUCGAGUUUCCCACGCAUGAUGAUGAAGCUCUGGGCGAAUCCCAUACAGUGGGUCCAAAGGACGGCAUACGGGUACAUCCAGAAUAACAACUCGUCGCCUGAGAUGCGCAAACUGUACUACCCGCUUCACCAGGCGCUGACGGAGGCCCCGCUUGACUGGCGCCACUUCGAGCACCUCAUCAGCGAAGCUCAACACCUCGUCCGCAGCUGCUACAAGCAAGCGAACUGCAGCGCCGACGACCGCGACGCCAUCGAGCGCGAGCUCCUCCUCGGCCGCAUCCCCGCCGUGCUGUUCCCAGCUGCCAGACGACUCGUCACUGACACGCUGUUCGCGGACCCCCCGCAGCACGGCGGCCAGGGCACUUGUCUCGCGGACAAGGUCGACAUGGCGAAGAUCCUCUUCUUCGACACCACAUGGCUCGGGCUCACGCCCUCGCGCCGCGCAGCCACGUGGUUCGAAACGCACACCGUGGACGUCUGUCAGAAGAUGAUUAUCCGCGGGACGGGCACGCAUACGCACCCUAUUGUGAGUAGGGACGGGCAGAAUGGGCGCGGCAGGAGCGAUAGCAUUCAGAGCGUUGUGCCUGUGGAGGACGGCAAGAGGAAGAAGCAGUUGAGGAAGUGUGUGAGGUGUGGGGCGUACAUGGAGGAUGUGAUGCUGGGGUUGCCCGGGUAUGCGCAGACGCAUGUCAGUUGGUUGAUGGGGGUUGCGAAGCAUUGCGUGUGUGGGAACAGUUGGAUGCUUGCACCGGAGACGAAGAGGGAGAGCUAA